ACCCGCAGCUGGAGAACGAGUGUCAGUGGAAGGGGUACCAGCGAUUCUACCAGGGCACCAACGCACGCUUUAAUGGAAGGGAGACCUGUGAUUGUUACCGUGAGGAACCUGCGGAACGCCGAGGCAACAUCGAAAAUCGAUACUAUCACAACGAAGUACUGGAUGUCUGGGUCACUUUCUUUCUAUGGUUCAACCCCGCAUGUG